GUUAGAAAAUAGAAGAUGACGAAAUUCGCGGGAACAUGUUCAAAUAGAGACUCCCAUGGAAGGCGGAAUCUUUCAACGGCCAACCCUUUCAGUUCCAAAAAGAAGCCGAAAAAACAAAGUUGCUUUGAUCAGUCAGAAAACAAAAACCCAACAAAAAUCAGGUGGUUUUUUCUGACGGUUUUCACUCCGAAUUUCCGUUUCCCUUUUCUCAUCAGUCACUCAUCGGAUUUCCAAGGUAUUGAAUCCGAAAAAGAAAAAGAGAUAUCAAUUCCAUCUACAUCUCUGCCUCUCAAUCUACUGGUUUGAUGGGUUUGUUACUUGCUUCUUGAUAGCACCAUAAAUUUUGUUGCUUUUUCGCUUAUCCCUCUGCUUUUAAAUUAAGGGUCCGGUGAGAGAAAUUGCAAAUUGUUUUUGCAAUACCCAAAUUGGAUAGGACAUAGGAGUGGAUUCCAUUGGGUUUUUUCAAUAAAGCCAAUGGAAUUCAAGAAUCGUCCGUUACAAAACCCGCUCUCCGGAACAAGAAUUUUCAUAGCAGGCCAUUGUCUGUUAUAGUUUCUGCUGAAUUGAGGGUUUCCCCAAAAGGGUUCAACUGCUUCCAGUAUUCUGUAGCACUCCCGCGUCUAGACAUUCUUUCUCUGAACUUAUAAUGGAGCAGUUUCGGCAGGUUGGAGAGGUUUUGGGAGGUAUCAAGGCCCUUAUGGUAUUGAAACACGAUAUUUCGAUCAAUCAAAGGCAGUGCAGUUUGCUUCUUCAUAUCUUGAAUUUAGCCUUCAAAACUAUUUCAGAUCAAAUCACACAAAACCUGAGAUUAGACGACAAGAACACAAAGUGGAAAGCACUCGAACACCCUCUAAGGGAGCUUCAUAGGAUUUUCAAAGAAGGUGAACUCUACGUAAAACAUUGUUUAGAUGUCAAAGACUGGUGGGGCAAAGCAAUGAGUCUCCAUCAGAACGAAGACUGUGUGGAGUUUCACAUUCACAAUUUGCUCUCUUGCUUUACCAUUGUCAUCGAGGCCAUCGAAACUGCUGGAGAGAUCUCCGGACCUGACCUGGACGAUAUGCAAAAGAGGAGACUUAUGCUUAUGAGAAAGUACGAUGGGGAGUGGAAUGACCCAAAAAUUUUCCAAUGGAAAUUCGGGAAACAGUACUUGAUUCCUCGCGAAAUCUGCAAUCACUUGAGUAGCGCUUGGAGAGAAGACAGAUGGUUUCUCCUCGAAAUGAUAAAAGAGAAAAGGAGUUCGCAAUCUCUCACUAUGACAAAACAUGAGCAGAGGCUAGCAGAUCUAUUGAUCAAGAAACUAAAUGGGUUGGAGCCGCUUGAGGGAAAGCUUUUACCGGCUUGGAUCUUGGUUGGGGCCAAGGAUUAUCAUGUGAAGCGACGGUUGGGAUCAGGGGGAAGUUAUUAUAAGGAAAUCCAUUGGUUAGGGGAAAGUUUUGCUAUGAGGAACUUCUUUGUGGAAAUCAAUGAACAAAUCCAAAAGGAAAUCUCUUUGGUCCAGUCUCUUUCCCACCCUAGCAUAACGCAACACCUUUGUGGGUUUUAUGAGGAAGAAAGGAAAGAGCUGUUUCUAGUUAUGGAGUUGAUGAACAAGUCUCUUGCUAGCCAUAUAAAAGAGAACUGUGGCCAGAGAAAACGGAUUCCGUUCUCUCUCCCGGUUGCAGUCGAUAUCAUGCUUCAAAUCGCAAGGGGCAUGGAGUAUCUCCACUUCCAAAAGAUCUACCACGGAAACUUGAACCCAUCUAAUAUCCUCCUCAAAGUGAGGACUUCCUCCCCAGAAGGAUACUUUUGUGCAAAAGUAAGGGGUUUUGGCUUAACAUCUGUAAAGAGUUACACUUCGCGAACUCAAUCAAACCAAAACGGAGAUGACCAAAUUAUAUGGUAUGCCCCGGAAGUUCUAGCAGAGCAAGAACGGCUGGGUGGUGGUAAAUUGAGUUCAAAAUACACAGAGAAAUCGGAUGUUUAUAGCUUUGGGAUGCUUUGUUUUGAGAUUUUGACAGGGAAAAUUCCGUUCGAAGAAGGGCAUCUUCAGGAAGACAAGAUGGGCAGGAACAUAAGAGCCGGGGAAAGGCCUCUCUUCCCUUACACUACACCAAAGUUCCUAGUAAACUUGACCAGAAAAUGCUGGCAAACUGAACCAACUCAGCGCCCGUGCUUCUCAGCCAUAUGCAGGAUUUUACGUUACAUAAAGAAGUGCCUAGUGAUAAACCCAGAUCACGGUCAACCUGAAUCGCCACCCCCACUCGUGGAUUACUGUGAAAUAGAUUCAGCGUAUUCAAAGUUGUUCCCUAGUGACGGGAGUCCUUGUUUGGUUUCCCAAAUUCCAUUUCAAAUGUUCUCUUACAGGGUUGUUGAGAAAGAGAGGAUUUCCGGAGGGUUUAAAGAUAAGAUUUGGGAUUUGGGUAUUGAAGGACCUUCUCUUUGGGGAAAUGAGGACCCCUUUCUGGUUCCAAUGGAUAAAAGAUCAGUUUGUUCUGAGGUUCAAGAGAGGAAACCUUUCCUAAGAGUGGGAGGCGACGAGAGGUCAGUUUGUUCCGAGACUCCCUGGUGGAGAGUUCCAUCGAAAACAGCAAACGAUCAACGGUCUGUUUCUUCCGGGUUCCUGUGGAGUAAAAGGGAUCAAAGAUCGGUUGGUUCUUUGACUCCUGAUAGGAAGUUUUUCGCAACAGCAGUAGCAGCUGAUCAAAGGUCUAUCGGUUCUCAAACUCCAGAGAGGAAAGAUCCCACACAUGAAGUCACAAGGUCUGAGAGUUCUGAGUCACCAGAGAGAGAAAUAUUGUCGAAAACAGCAGAUGAUGACAUUUCAGGUCAUUUGGAAAAUGGAGAGAGUAAAAAUUCGCCACAAAUCGCGACGGAUGAAAAGCCUCUUGCUUCUGAUAUUCCAGAGAAGAAGCCUGAUUCAACAGCAGUGGCCAUUCAAAAGUCAGUUGGUUCCAAGGUUACGGUAACACACACUAGUUUUCUGAGUAAAGCAGUUGAUCAGAGUUGUCAUGAGACUCGAGGGAAAACUUUGUCGAGAACUGUGAGCAGUUCAGUUGGUUAUAGGACUCCGGAGAGGAAAGUUUUGCCACCUAUAGUAUCUGAUUCAGAGUUUUCAUCAGUUCAUUCCGAGAGUCCAGAGAAGAGAAGAUCAACGAAAAAAUCGAGUGAUCUCAGGCCGGUUUGCGCUGAAAUGCCGGACGGUAAAAGCUUAGCGAAAAAGAACGGCAUCGUUGCAAAGGGGAGCAAGGGUCAAGUGACACGGGAAGUACAGUCGCCAGGAUCAUCGCCACUGCGGACGCUGAAAGACUAUUCAACAAGACCAUCAGCGUCACCAGGAUCAUCACCACUACGGACGCCGAAAGAGUAUUCAAUAAGACCAUCAGCAAAAGUACAGUUACCGGGAUCAUCGCCAAUACGGACGCCGAAAGGGCAAUCAACAAGAUCAUCACCAAUACGGACAGCAAAAGGGCAUCCACCACAAUCAUCGACAGGACCAUCGAUACAAAACCCUUGUGCUCGUUGUUCGAGGUUGAACAGAGAGUGCAGGACAUCGUCGGUUAUGAACCCAACUAGACACCCAAGAACUCACGCCUCUGACUCCGAGGUAGCUUAACUCUUCUUCGUCUCACGAUCAUCAACCAAACAGACAGCCGCGGCACACUCACAAUCCGCAAUUUGCUUACAGCCGUGGCGCUCUCACAACUCGCACGCAAUUUUAGUUCUUCAAUAUGCAACUCAAAUAUAGAUCUUAUGUGGUAUAGUUGAAAUUGCAUGUGUGUUUUUUGACCCGCUUAAGUGUUUUUUAGUAUCGCACACAAGUUUGUCGUUCAGCUGUAUAUAUUAUCUUACAGUGACGCAGAGGUGCCACGAAGAAAGGUUUUUUUUUUUUUUUUGUAUUAGUAUCCAAAGGGUGGAUAUCAAUUUCGAACAUUCAGUUAUAUCUAC